AGUGUAAAACAGUGCAGCCCGCCACGGUGCGUGUCAGAGGACUGCCCGUGCUCCCCACGUCGAUGACUGCUCCACAUCUGGUGUCUGUGCCGCUCCUGCUGACUGCCACUGUCGAGACCAACUGGUCCACGCGUGAACAAGCACAAGUCAGGAUAAGGUUUCUGAAGCGUGGGAAAGGAUGCCGGCGGUCGUAAGCAAAAACUCUGACAUGGAGUUUGACUCUUUACAACCGUGCUUCUACCCGGAUGAGGACGACUUCUACUUCUGCGGUCCCGACUCCGCGCCACCGGGGGAGGACAUCUGGAAGAAAUUCGAGUUGCUGCCCACUCCGCCCCUUUCCCCGAGCCGAGCCGCGCUACCCGGGGAGCCGGCGGCGGCCCCCCCGGAGGCGGACCUCCUGGGCUUCGGCUUGGGGGACCCGCUGGACUGGGCCUCGGAGCUGCUGCUCCUGCCCGAAGACGAUAUCUGGGGGGCGUCCGACGAUUUGGAUCUGUUCGGUUCCGCUUUGGAUACAAACCCAAACAGCAUCAUCCUGCAGGACUGUAUGUGGAGUGGAUUCUCGGCCAGGGAGAAGCUGGAGAGGGCGGUCACGGAGAAACUGGGCAAGGCUAUUACGAGUGCCACGGCCACGGUGACCGCUCCGGCUCCCGCGACGACGGCGACCGCGGUGGCCGCUGCUGCCGGGAGGCGGGACGUGUGCGUAAAAGCGCCCGAGGCGGUGAGCCGCAACGCGGCGUCGGAGUGCGUGGACCCCGCUGUGGUGUUCCCCUUCCCCGUGAACAAGAAGAGCGGCAGCGGGGACUCGAACGCCGGCUUGAGCGCGUCCACGACCCACGGGAGCGCCCACAGCGACUCCGAAGAAGACGAGGAGGAGGAGGAGGAGGAGGAUGAUGAUGAUGAUGAUGAAGAAGAGGAUGAUGAUGAUGACGACGAGGAGGAAGAGGAGGAGAUUGACGUGGUUACAGUAGAAAAGAGGCGUUCCACAAUCAGCAAAGCGUCAGCUGUGGCCUCCAGAAGUCAAGACCAGAGGGGCGCCGCCUCGGGGUCCGGCGCGGCGGGUCGCUUCGUCAGUCGAGCGCCCCAGGAGCUCAUCCUGAAGAGGAGCUCGGUGCACCAGCAUCAACACAACUACGCCGCACCCUCGCCGUACACGUCAGACGACGACCCGGCGCCGCCUCCGAAGAAGCAGAGGACGUCUGACGCCCCCCGACCCCCGACCAGAACCGCCUCCUCGUCCUCGUCGUGCGGCUCCGUCGCGUCGGGCCCGCGCAGCAAGCGCAGCUACAGCGGGGACAGCAGCCCGAGGGGCGGCUCCGACUCGGAGGACAGCGAGCGCCGGCGCAACCACAACAUCUUGGAGCGUCAGCGCCGCAACGACCUGCGCUCCAGCUUCCUGACGCUGCGCGACCACGUGCCCGAGCUGGCGCACAACGAGAAGGCGGCCAAGGUGCUGAUCCUGAAGAAGGCCACAGAGUACGUGAGCUCCCUGGACAGGGAGGAACGGCGGCUCCAACAGGAGAAGGUCAGGCUGCAGGCCCGUCGGCAGCAACUGAUGCGCCGACUGGAGCAGGCGAGGACUCGCUGACGCGUCGCCGCCCAAAACACUCACACACGUUCCCGGGACGACGCCCGGCCGCCACCACCUCUACCGAAAACCUCCUCAUCAACCCAGUCUGUAUGGGUAAACAUUGAGUUGGCCUAUACACCUAUUAAGCACAGACACACAGGCCCGCAUGUACAAAAACAUCUCGGAGGACGACUCGUCACACACUAACGUGAGGGAGAGGGGCCGAUGCUUACUGGAGGGAUCUUCGGACUUUCACUGCCGCCACUUUUUUUGCACAUUUGUUGACAUUAAGAAUGUUUAGGAUUUACUUUUUCAGUCCAGUCACAUUGAGGAACGAUAAAGAAUGAGGAAAUAAGAGGCUUUUUUUAUAUCAUGUUUUGGUAUUAAUUUGUAUUAUAAGCAUUUUUUUUUUCUGUACUCACUGUGACACCAGCCUGGAAUUCAGUGGGAUUCCUACCGGGACCGGUGUUGGAGGGCACUUUGCUCCGAGCGCUCGACUUAACUUAGAAUUCGUGCACACCUCUAACUUUGCCUUCACCACUGCAAAAGCGGACAAAUUUAUAAGAAAUAGAAAAACAAAGACUAUAUAGACACAAGCGAUGAUGCCACUACAGGUUUUCUUUCUCCCCUCACUCCUCGAUCACACUGGUGCGCCAGCCAAGUAAAUGGAUGUAUACCUGUGCACCUUCCUAGCCGACACUUUUGUAUAUACAGUGGAUACAGACCUGUGUUCAAAUGCCAGGUUUUUGUAAUAGAAAAAAAAAAAAAAAAAAAAAACGAGAUCAAGAUAAACCUUUGCAUAACCUUUUCCAUCAUUAUUGUGACCUAUAACCUGUGCAAUGCAAUGAAAAAAACCGAGAUGUGUUUGCACAAGUGUGCACACCCUUUAAACUGGGAAUGUGGCUGUGUUCAGGAUUAAACAAUCCCAUUUAAACUCAUGUUAAGUAGGGGUCAGCACACACCUGCCACCAUUUGAAGUGCCUCUGAUUAACUCCAAAUAAAGUUGAGCUGUUCUAGCAGGCUUUUCAGGACAUUUUUGUAGUCAUGUCUGCAGAGAGCAUGCGCAGCGUUGGAGGGAAAUCAUUUAAGUUAUCAGUCACAAGAAGGGUCCAAAAGAAUUGCAAAGGCAUUAAAUAUACCAUGAAAGACCACAACAUUACCAAGAACUAAACAUCUCUCCAAAAUAGAUGAAAAGACUGGUCAGGCUGAUAAAAUGUAGCAAAAACGCUUGAACUCUCCAAAUGUGGGAAACCAUGUUAUGGUCAGAUGAAACCAAGGUUUCACUUUUAGCCAUGAUUUCCAAAGGUCUGUCUGGCACAAACAUGACACUGCUUAACACCGUUUUUCUUCAGUUGCAACUGGAGCCUUAGACAUGAUGGAGAGUUUCAUGAAUCGAUCUAAAUGCCAGACAGUGAUGGAACAAAACCUUGAGGCUUCUGCUAGUAAGCUGUAGCUGAAGAGGAACUUCAUCUUUCAGCAUGACAAUGACGCAAACUACACAUCCAAAUCAACAAAAGAAUGGCUUCACUGGAAGAAGCAGGUGUUGAAAUGGCCCACCCAGAGUCCAGAUCUGAAUUCGAUCAAACAUCUGAAGAGGGCCAUCCUUGCCCAGGAGAUGCCCUCGCAAUCUGACAGAUUUGGAAGGUUUUUGACAAGGAGAAUGGGCAUAUUUUGCCACAUUAAUAGACUCCUUCCUAAAAAGAAGGAGUAAGGAGGCUGAGGUGCUCCAACAAUGUGUUAGUUUGAGGGUGUGCAUAUUUAUGCAACCAGGUUAUUGUACAGAUUUUUUUUCCCCUGCUUAAAAGAUCCCCCCUCCCCCAAUUGAGUUGUGCAUGUUAUAGUUUACAUUAAUUUUGGAAAAGGUUUUGAAAUGAUUUAACGUAGUCUGAUUUCUUUCCAUCACAAAAAUCUUGCAUUGGAACAUGGGUGCAUAGAUUUUUUUUUAUUUUUUUUUUUUUUUUUUACAUCCACCGUCAAAAACAGUGUACAGACAAAAAUACACUCAGAUCUGCCUUGUUUUGUAAAACAUUUUGUCCUUGGUUUUUUAUAUAAAUAUAUACAUGUCAGGAAGCUGCCAAUAAUAACUAGACUGGAAGUUUAUAUACCUUUAAAAAGUACUGUAAAGGCCUCCAUUUUUGAGAGUCAUGAACUUUGUAAUAUAACGAUAUAUUGCUUUUAUUCCUCCCUCUUUUUUUCUUUGUAUAAUUUUACUAAUUCUACAGACCUUUGACGCUUUUUAGUGUGAACCUGAUACAUACUAAAUUUGAUACUUAUAUUUUCGUAUGAAAAUGAGUUCUCGGUAGAUAUCACUUAUCUUUUUUCAUCUUCAAUCUCAAACUUUUGUACAGCAAAUGUGUUCUAUCCACAUGUACUUUUUAUUCUUUUUUUCCCUCCCUCUCUUUUGUUUAUAUUUGUAACUAUCGGGUGCAUAGAAUUGGGUAUAUGGAUAUGAGAUGUUUUCCCCCCCCCCCCUCCCGAUUUUUAAAAUGUACAUUUAUUAGUGCUGCAACUCAUAGCACUUUGAAAUACCUCAUUUUGACAAAUAAAUAGACAUCAUUAAACCGA